AUGUCUGCCCAGAACAUCCCCGAAGGCACCUACCGCAUCAGCUUCAUGGACGGCGUCCUGGUCGGCUUGGAGCCCAACCACCCCCUGCGCGUGCUGCCAGAGGAACAGAGCGAGCGCUCGGAGUGGCAAGUCAAGAAGCAUGGCUCUGACGCAUUCGUCAUCGUUCUGAAGAAGAACGACAAGCUGGGCAUCACCUGGUCCGGAGAUCUUCAUUAUGGCACCCCGCUGCUGCUUGCCGAGAACCCUGCUCCCUUCAAGGUUCAGCAGCAGGAACGGGACCGUUACGACCUCGUUCCCGCCAAGGAUGAACAGCUCGAGGUCGCUCUGUCGCCAGCUAUGAUCUUCCCGCCGAUCUCUAAUGCUCCAGGCUUCCGGGCACGUCACGCAAGUCGCUCCGCGUGUAGCGACGACGUGCUCGGCCAGCAGCUCUUUGCCGCCGGCCUGUUCAAUCUCCCGUCAUUGUCCGUUUCGUCUUCGCUCUCCAGCCGCUUGCAUUCCGCCGAUUCACUUGGUCUUUUGCUGCCGCGCGACCGCGCGAGGCUCAGCAUUGUCCUCCGACGCAUCGGAUCGGUCCCCAAUGUAUCCCCUUCGUCGAUCGAAUCGCAAGUCGUCUUCGACCUCCAACCACAACAUCUGAGCUCAAGCUUGUGCAUCCACACGCGUCGACACGCCGAUGCCACUGCAUCUUGA